AUGUCCUUUGAUAUUCACUGGGAUAAACUAGAUUCUGAAGUAGCAAAGAAAGUUCAGGAUGCACUCAAUUCUCAUUUUCGGUCGGCGACCAAUAAACCUUCCUUUAUAGGCGAUAUAGAAAUAACGGACUUUUCCUUUGGUACUGUUGCUCCUCAGGUAGAAAUCACAGAUAUAACAGAUCCCUUCCCUGAGUUUUAUCUUCCCGACGAGGAA